AUGUCCUCUGAUGAAAUUUCCUCUUACGUGGACAUGGUGGACUCAGAAGAAAGUUAUCGCCCAGAUGGGAAUGAACAGAGUAGUGAUGACUCUGAUGUGCCUAGCACCUUGACGGGACGUAGGCCUAGUAUUUCCAAGAAAAACGCUAGGCCUAACUCCAAGAAGAGGUCAUCUUCACCUCCCUCGACCAUAUUCACUUCUACGCCAAAAAACUCUGUCAGUCGUAGACUAAGUAGAUCACUUCCUAGAAUGCCAUCCUUUGAAUCUCUUCCUCAGGCUGGUCCAAGUUCAAGUCCCCAGUUCUCCCCAGGAGAAGAGGCUAUUAUACGUUAUUUAAAAACAAUGGAAAAGAAGAUAGAUAAACUUCAAGAUGAAGUGAAAUCUAUGAGGGAAGAGGGGAUCAAAGAAAAGGGGAAAAGGAAAGAAGAACCGCAUUUUGAUGUUCCUCCAAAAAUUAGAACAGCCGUACAUGAUGCAUAUAGGCAGCUUGUUGAAGAGGAUGGCUAUGCUGCUUGGCAAACUAAGAUGGGAGACCUUAAGCUGAAAGUAUCAUCCGAAGUGAACAAGGCCACCACACAGGCUGUGAAACAGUUUGUAAAAGGGCUAUAUCAUGAUGUGCAGGAGGGGAUCCUACAGGCUGCAGUUGCUCGGUAUUUUGAGUCUAUGGCUCAAAAAAUACACAAAGAAAAAACAGGAAAAGUGGAGCAACAUAAGAACAAAAUGCUCCACUACAGCAGGAGAAAGAGGAAAUUGCAGUGGAGAAGGAGUAUGGUGGAGAAGAAGUCGGGUUGGGAUGAGGCAAAGAAACAGCGAGUCUCAAGUGCUCUUGAAUUGAGCUACAUGUCAUCAGAGGAGGAGCACAACUCUGAUGAGGACAGCUUUUUGAGAACAAAGCCCCUCCCUUGGAGGUCCGAUGAAUUCAUCAAAAUCCUAGAUGAAUUAGACAGUAAAUAUGAACGAACCAUGUCUAAGCGUUCACGGCGGCAGAUGAUGAAAAGGGUUAAAGGAAGUGUUCCAUCUGUAAGGCAAAAGCCCACUCCUGUUCAAAAGGAACAUGAGUGGGUGUUUGCUCAGUGAUUGUGUGGUAACGAUGUAAAUUGGGGUGGGGGUAUUAGCUUUAUGUAUUUUAAAAUUUUUGUUAUCAAUUUUAUUGUAAUCAAUUUUGUUGCAAUUGUUUGUUUUCUUUCUCUUGUAUUUUUUAAAUAUUUUGUU